AUGUUUAAAAAACAAAAAAUAGCAAAGUGACAAAAAGUGGUAAAAUGGUAUAGGAAAAAGUUGGCAAAGUGGCAAAAAUUUACAAAUAUUUCUUCUUUUGAAAAAAUUUGCUAUUUAUUUGCUCUUUUAGCAAAACUUUUCCAAAAAUUGUCAUCCGAAAAUUCAACCACAAAUUUGAAAAUACAAAAAUAAUUUAUCAUAAGAAAUUUCUAA